GUCGUUUGUGAAUUAUGAUUUGAUCGAGAACAUGGCGACGCAGCAGCAGCAUCGUGGGGAGGAGGUGGAGAAAGCUUUGGUGCUAUGGAACAUCAGCAACUGUCCGAUUCCAGAUGGUUAAGAUCCUUUCAUGGUGGUUGAUAGAAUACAAACGGCGCUAGGCCUCGUCCGCCGCUAUGGUGAGAUCUCCAUGACUGCCAUUGGCAACAACCUAACACAGAUCCCUGGUGGUGAAGAUGUCUUGGGGAAGCUCUCUUCCGUUGGAAUCUCUCUCAAAAACACUCAUAAUUAUCAAAUGGAUUUGAAUCUGUGGGCCCGUAGGAAUCGUCCUCCGGCUACUAUGAUGGUCAUAGACGGUCAUGAGCAACUGAGAUGUUUAGCUCCUGCACUUUACGACCUUGAAGAUGGUGGAUACACAAUUCUUAUUGCAUAUCCUCAGCCUCACCUAGCCACACCCUUUCCUCGUACCUUCACUAACCAGUGGUUUUGGGAUGCCUUACUCUCAUAUAAACUGGAGCCAACAUCAACAACAAUCCUUGUUAACAAGUGCAAUGAUUAUCCCUGGUCUUGCUCAGUAUGCUUUGUUGCUGCCCCAAGCUUUGAAGAUUUCACCACCCAUCUCAAGUCUGUACAACAUGAAUUUCGUGAAUGGGACAGGCAUGCUAGUAAAUACAACCUUGAUCGUACUAACCGUAAUAACUUGCCGUUUGGUCGAUCACAGGAGUUGGACUUGCUGCUUAGUCAAGAUAUGCUUAGAUGUCAAGAGAUUCUUAGUCAAAAGGGCCGGCGAUGUGGUGGUGGCUUUAGGCCUCAAUUCAGAUCUAACAGUCAAUCCAACUCAAGUUGACUUUUCUUUUCCUUUUACAUUCCAUCUAAUGUAACAUGUAUAUCAUGGUUUUUUUUUUGGAUUUACUGACUUGAGAGUUUCGCUCCCUUAAGUAUUGAAGGAACACAUCUGCUCUUUCCUCAUGCUUA